UGCUUGUACCACGAAGUCACUCUUUGUGGGACAUACAGAUUAUAAAUACUUGAGGUACCAGGUAAUUGAUACACCAGGGAUUUUGGACCGCCCAUUUGAAGACCGUAACAUUUUUUAGAUGUGCAGCAUCACAGCUUUGGCUCACUUGAGAGCUGUGGUAUUGUUUUUCUUGGACAUCUCGGGGUCUUGUGGGUACAGCAUUGCCCAACAGGCAGCUCUUUUCCACAGUAUUAAGUCUCUGUUUAUGAACAAACCAUUGAUUAUAGUCUGCAACAAAACUGAUUUGCAGCCAUUGGAGGGUAUAUCUGAGGAAGACAAGAAGUUGGUCACGGAGAUGAAAGCUGAAGCUAUGAAGACAGUGAUUGGUCAAGGAGGUGAGGCUACCAAUGAUGAGGGGGUACUCUUGACCAUGAGCACUCUGACCGAGGAGGGGGUUAUUGCUGUAAAGAAUGCAGCUUGUGAGAGGUUGUUGAAUCUCAGAGUGGAAUUGAAGAUUAAAUCCAAAAAGAUAAAUGACUGCUUAAAUCAUUUUCAUGUUGCAAUGCAAAAGCCAUGUGACCAUAAGGAAAGACCCCCAUGUAUACCUCAGGUAGUUUUAGAAGCUAAGGCUAAGCAAGCAGCGGAGAAGGAAAAGAGAAACACAGAAAGGGAUUUUUGUAUACUCUGCCAGUUCGAAGAAGAAUUAUAUGUUAGCUAA